GCCGUCAUUUUUUAAACGCCCCUUCCUUUCCGCGUUGAACACGCCUUUCUCUUCCGCGCCUCCUUCCCUUUCAGGCUGCGAGGGCCGUGCGGCGGGGCGGGGCGGGCUAAAGGAGGCGGGCAGCGGGCGGGAGCUGGGCAUCGUGUUUUGCUCGAGCGGCGGGUGUUGCUUUCUGGGCUGCCUGGUCUGUCGGGCCAAGGAGCAUGAGCGGGCCCGAUUUGCCCGUGAGCGGCGGGGCGGCGGGGCUGCCUCCGCUGCCCAAGAGUCUGAGUGGGCUGCUGAAUUCUUCCUCUAGCGGCGGCCCGGGUGGAGCCGGGGGGCGCUGGCGGGACUUGGAGAGGCUCUACGCGCAGAAAUCUCGUAUCCAGGAUGAGCUGAGCCGGAGCGGAGGGAGCCGAGGGUCCCCGCGGACGCCCAAGCCCCCGAAUCUGGACGCGGCUUUGGCCCUCCUCCGAAAAGAGAUGGUUGGCCUCCGGCAGCUAGAUAUGUCAUUACUGUGUCAACUGUACUCCCUUUAUGAAUCAAUUCAAGAAUAUAAAGGUGCCUGCCAAGCUGUAUCAAGUGCAGACUGUGCGUAUGCUCUGGAAAAUGGUUUUUUUGAUGAAGAGGAAGAAUAUUUCUAAGAAUGCAGUGCCACUGCCAGGAGCGGAGUGUGGUGGGAGCUUGUAGUCAUGAGAUCAUCAGUGUCUACUGGAACUUCUAAGUGCAUCUCUGCCUUAUAUUGGAGGAAACACGCUCUGUAACCCAUUUAUUUCUGGCAUCCUGUCAACCCAGGUUAGAUGCUGUGCUAAUCCUGCUUUAGGAAAGCAACAUGCGACAAACCUUGAAGUGUCCUCAAGUGCAUCUGACAGGCCACAUCGGUCUAAUUUAUGUACUGGAUGUUUUCAACUUGAACAUGUUGGCAAAUGUCUCUUUAUAGCCACAACUUGGACUAUGCAAGAAAGCAGUGAAUGUUCUGAUGUAAAACGGUAGUUAAUAUAACUACCUAGAAUGUGUAUGCAUUUGUAAUCAUAACAGACAGGAAUCUUGGGUUUAAAAAUAUAACUGAACAUCCAGAACUAUGGAGCCAGCUCUGGUACAGUACUAGAUGGGACCACCUUAACAUUGUCUCAAAUAUCCUGUAAAAGCUGCUUUAUCCUGUCUUCUUUCUCUUCCACCUUUAAGACUUACAUGUAUUAGUAAAUUUAAUCUUUCCUUCCAGUGAUACAAUUCGUUUCCCCUUUUCUUACUGUCAGAGUACACAUUAACCAUUUAAACCAAUAUAAUAGAACUUAUUUUUAACACUUUAUAUACAGUAACAAGUCAACAGUCUGCCUCAUGUUGUGUGGCUUAACAAGUUUACACAAGUAUCAUUUAGUUAGCUCACGCAAACUACACGAGUGGCAAAUCUGAAAAAAUACUGCACAAACUUGUAUCAGCAGCAAUAUUUUAUAUUCAUUAAAUUGCCUGGAAGGUAAGCUGUGAACGUUCUUUCUUACAAAUCAUUGAACUUGUACAAAGACUUUUUAGAAUAUUAUAUAACAUUAUAGGUUUUAUAAUACAUAACUGAAAGAAUUAAAGCUUGAACAGUAAUUUAUUAAACUUUUAAAAAUA